GGGAGAGAGAGGGAGAAAGAAGGGAGGAGAGAGAGAGAUGGGUUAUUCCAAGGAUCAAUUGCUCGCAUGUUUACAGGAUAAGAAACAUAGGUUUUAUGUUGUUUCUGCUUUUGCGGAUACCAAAGUAGAUCUGAAGGUUCUAUCUCAGAGACUUGGUUUGGGAAAAGCAGGUUUAAGAAUGGCGCCUGGAGAAGCACUGCCAGAAAUACUUCAGGUGCCUCUGGGUUGUGUUACUCCAUUUGCACUAGUGAAUGAUUCAGCCCGGCAUGUCUCCUUGUUAAUGGAUAAAGGAUUUAAAGAUCAGGAGUGCUGCUUCUUCCAUCCGCUGUUAAAUGAUACAUCAAUCUCCCUCCUCCUGAUCUAGCAGCUUUUGUUCCAUCUGAUGCCAUAGUCCUGCAAGAAGAUCCAGAAAAGGCAGCUCCCCCUCAAGUUCCUGAAAAAAAAAUUGUUGCUGCGAAUAAUUAGUCCACAACUGUUACUGCAAAAGCUGGUAAUCCAUCCAACGAUACACAAAAGGAGAAAUCUGCCAAUGUGAAAUUAUCAAGUUCCUUUACCAAUCCUGAGAAAUUCAUUGAAGAAAUAUUAGAGAGAACAUCUACUAUAGUUCUUUCAGAGAUCAAGGAGGAGACUAUCAAGCAACAUGGGGAACAGCUUGGUACUCUUGUUUCAAACAGUAUCAGAAAACAUCUUAACUUGGAUUUCAUUAACCUGGCUACAAUAUUAAAAAACACAGCUUAUACGGAGGGUUUUCAUGCUGGUACUCACCACCAAGGUUCGAGAUGUCUCUAAUGGUGUCAUUUGCGUUAAUCAUUGCCAAAGGGGAAUCAUCUAUCAGAGCACUGAGCGUUUUUUUAUUCUUGCUAGAAAAUCCGAACAUUAGCAAUAACCUCAUGUUCUUGCCUUUUGGAGAGAGAUUUGGAAAGAGAAAGGGAAAAGGUGUGUGAAACUAGGUGAAAUAUAAAUAUAUUUUAUUUAUAUUUUACCUACCUUUUCCAUUUCUCUUUUCAAAUCUUUCUUCAAAUCUCUCAACCAAACACAACAUGAAUGAAUUUUUUCAUAAUACCUCAAAGGCAUUAUUUGAUACCUGUACUGAUUUUCAUAUUUAUUUUCAAGUCAGAGCUGUGAGGGUUUUUUUUUUAGCCAAUGGGCGUAAACGGAUGGUGUGUUUAUUAAGUCUAGUUUAAAAAAAAUGAACAAUUUUAGCCUGUU